CCCUACCCCCCCAGCCAAGCUAGGCUGAGACUGCACAGCCGGAAAGUGAUGUGCCCUCUGAAGUUGGGGGGAGGGAAGAACUUAACAGUUUUGAAAUCUGUACAUUUUAAGAGGAAAUCAGAUGUCAUUGCAGAUAUGAGCAGCUCCCCAGGAGUGCUGAGUCGGGACUGGCAGCCGGCAGUGCUGUGACCCCAGGUUCCGCUUUCCACUUCCAAGGAACGUUGUAUCAGUGCUGGGAAGGGUUUCUUUCUACAUUGUAUCGCUGGGAAAGGGGUCUUUUGCUUAGUAGCGCUGCUAGGGGGGUCUCUUUAGUGGAAUCGCUGCUGGAGGGGGUCUUUUCAGUAGUCUGACUGCUGGAGGAGCCACUUUGAGACGGUGCAUUACUCCUGGAGGGGUCUCUUCCAUUGUAUAACUGCGGAGGGGUCGCCUACAUAGUAUCACUGCCGGAGGGGUCGCCUACAUAGUAUCACUGCCGGAGGGGUCGCCUACAUAGUAUCACUGCCGGAGGGGUCGCCUACAUAGUAUCACUACCGGAAGGGUCGCCUACAUAGUAUCACUGCCGGAGGGGUCGCCUACAUAAUAUCACUGCCGGAGGGGUCGCCUACAUAGUAUCACUGUCGGAGGGGUCGCCUACAUAGUAUCACUGCCGGAGGGGUCGCCUACAUAGUAUCACUGUCGGAGGGGUCGCCUACAUAGUAUCACUGUCAGAGGGGUCGCCUACAUAGUAUCACUGUCGGAGGGGUCGCCUACAUAGUAUCACUGCCGGAGGGGUCGCCUACAUAGUAUCACUGCCGGAGGGGUCGCCUACAUAGUAUCACUGUCAGAGGGGUCGCCUACAUAGUAUCACUGUCGGAGGGGUCGCCUACAUAGUAUCACUGCCGGAGGGGUCGCCUACAUAGUAUCACUGCCGGAGGGGUCGCCUACAUAGUAUCACUGCCGGAGGGGUCGCUUACAUAGUAUCACUGCGCUACUUUGUGACAUUGUGUCGCUGCUGGAGGAGUCGGAUCAGUUGCAUCACUGCUGAAGGAGUCACUUUGUUAUCACUUCCAGACUCGGAGGAGACAGUCGCUGACUGUACAGGCUGUAUCCCUCCCGGACUCGGCCGAGUCGCUCACUCACUGACUGUGGGAGAAGGAGGGGAGAUGCGCUGCGGUGCCCAGUCCCCCCCAGCAGUCUGCCGCCCACAGCAUGCCGGGGAGAUGAGCCUCCUGUUAUCAUGGCGAAUGGGACAGGGAAUAGCAUGCUGAAAUGCGUGGUGGUGGGAGAUGGGGCAGUGGGCAAAACUUGCCUCCUUAUGAGCUAUGCCAAUGAUGCCUUCCCGGAGGAGUAUGUGCCCACUGUGUUUGACCACUAUGCGGUCAGCGUUACAGUCGGCGGCAGGCAGUACCUUCUGGGCCUAUACGACACUGCUGGACAGGAAGAUUAUGAUCGCUUGAGGCCAUUGUCUUAUCCCAUGACCGAUGUUUUCCUCAUCUGUUUCUCUGUGGUGAACCCGGCUUCAUUUCAAAAUGUGAAGGAGGAAUGGGUACCGGAGCUGAAGGAAUAUGCCCCAAAUGUGCCCUUUUUAUUAGUAGGGACACAGAUCGACCUAAGAGACGACCCAAAAACCCUAGCAAAGCUGAACGAUGUGAAGGAAAAGCCCAUCACUGUCGAGCAAGGGCACAAAUUGGCAAAAGAGAUCGGGGCUUGCUGUUAUGUUGAGUGUUCUGCGUUGACACAAAAAGGACUAAAAACGGUUUUUGACGAGUCCAUUAUUGCUAUUCUGACCCCAAAGAAGACAGCCAUGAAGAAGAGGCUGGGAUCAAGAUGUAUUAACUGCUGUCUGAUCACGUGAAAAAAAAAAAUCCUACUUGACCUAGUCAACUUUGAGAGCACAUGGUAAAUGGUCUGUUGCACAAUACGCCUGUAACACCAUGGCAAAAGGAUUUUUAUUGACCUACUUUUCAAACACAAUGGGUUCCAAAGUGGAGAAGAACACUGGCCAGUCCUCUGUUGAAGAAAAUGUACAAUUUCUCAGGGUUUAUAUUGAUUCAAGCAGGAACUGUGCCACCCAGUAACACCGGGUAAACGCGAGGAAUUGGAACCAUGGCUCAGAUUUCUACAGUCUUUUGAGUAGUAUCUAUUCAGUUCUUUACAGUUCUUGCUAUCUGCUUUUGUAGGUGAGCCGCUUCCGGUUACAGUAGAUCCACAGAGGUGCUAUGAGAAGACCAGCCACAUACCCAAGGGUAGCACCCAGUGAGCAGGAUAUUGGCCAGACCUGGAAAAAAGGAAAUAAUAUGGAAAUGGGUCAACUUGCACAGACUAGCUUUAAUCCAAUGGAAUUUUCUUUCUUUUUUUGCAAUAGAUACAAAUCUAAUAUCAGUAACACUAGAAGCAAAGUGAGAAUAAGAAGCACACGAGGAGUGGUUGGCACAGGGAACUGAAUGAAACCGUUUGGAGGGAAGGAUGGUUCACUGGUGCCAAAGAGACAUUUACUGUAAAGGAAUGCUAUGUUUUUAUUCAGUAAGAGGCUUAGAUUAGUCUGCACUUGCCUUCCCAUUUAUUGUGUGUCAGGCAGAACAGCAACCAAACCGGCACAUUCCCUCCCACAGAAGAUUAAAUUUAGUGAGUGAAAGGUUGAGCCCAUUUUAACAUUUAUUCAGGCAUUAAUUAUAAAACCAAAAAUUAACAUUAUAUUUGGUAUAUUUUUAUUUGCCUUAUGGAUCAUGUAAAUGUUGUUGAGCUUCAGUGGCUAGCACCCCUUGAUUGACAGAUGCAUGGUGGGAGCUUAGGCUUCUAAAAGGAGGCACUGAAAAUACCAGCCUGUCAUAGCCUGUUCCAUGGUUGAGCUGCUUUAUUACAAAACAAACAAUAAGGGUAUCAACAUGCAGGUCCAAAUGGCCAACAAGGAGUCACCUCUGGCAGGGUCUCCAGCUCGCCCAUCUAGCUACUUGCUCACAGCAGAAUGCUUUAACUUAGUAACCAACGAAGAGCCACAGAGAUACUAUAUUUGUGUAUUUCCUGUCCUUCUGUGCAUCUAGAAACCAUCACUUUUGCGCAGGAAGGUUCACAAGAUAGUGGUAGAAUGUUACACAUUGGAAAGCCAUGGCAGUGAUAAUAAUAUAGCACUAAUAAGUGUGGCGUAUGGAGUCCCACAGCACACAGCCUCCUUUAUUAAAUGGUACCUAUUAAUAAAGCUGGAAGCAGAAGUACAUUCAGGCUAAUUCCUCUGCACAUAUGGGAAAUGGCAAAAUGUGGAGACUGUAGCAAUGCACCAAAUAUAAACUCUUAUGCUUUUUUUUUUAACACUAUUUUCAAAUAGAAAGAAAAGCUUUAAACCAUAAGUGAUAUGCAAACCUACAAUAAAGUGUCCCUGCCUUAGAAUUAGUUCAUACUAUAACCAAGGGAAGGGGAAUAACUGCGGCAAAUCAGAACCAAAAUCCUAUGUCUUUAAUUUAGGAGCCAAGCACGCAGCCCAGUGAUACUGUUGGUCAGUUGCCAGUAGGGUAAGGGAGUUUGCUGCAUUGAGUCAAUGUGCUGCUAGUGCAUUUUGUCACUCGCUACUGCUCCUGCCUGUACUCUCCUUACUUGCUCGAAGGAAGCUAAGAAAUGACAAGGGGUUAUAGUGACCCAACACUAAAGGCCAAGCAUGCCAACUUAUCUGGCCUUGUAUGGGGCCCUCUAACGGCUCUAUCUGGCCGAAAAUCAGGCAGAUGUCAAUCAAGCAGGACCCCAUUAGCUUGUUUAUACAGUCCUUGCUCUGAGGCUCGUAUUGCCAUAGUUGCAAUUCGAUCAAUUGGCCCUAGGGCCAAACAAGCAGAUUAGCCCGAUACUGUCCCAUCUUAGGUGGGUAUAUUGGGAAAAGAUCUGCUCAUUUAGUGACUUCACCAACCAAGUGGAUCUUAUAGUGUAAGGCGCGGAAACCGAUUUCUAUUUUCUUAUCAUUUUGGGGGCCUGUGGGUGGGUUGCACUUUAGCUGCUGUGGUUACAAAACCUAGUGGCCCCAAACAAGCUGAAAUGUAGGUCGGGAAAAAGGCUAAACAGAUCCAGGGAAUGCUCUGAUAUAUUAUGUGAUAGCAGUGAUUUAGAGUAUAUCUAACAGAUGGGUGAGGUAUAAGAUGGGCACACACAAAGAUCUGCUUAUUAGGUAAUGUCCCAUUGGAAGCAGACUGCAUUUCUAAGCGGAUAUACUGUAUGGCCCCAUACAUCAUCCAAUAACUUGUCAAUUAAGUCUGAAAUGGCCAAAUCAAUAGCUUAUUUUGGCCAUCUUUAAAUGCAUUAGGUUUGUGUUGCCUAUUUUAAUUAAGAAAUUAUCUUAAUAGUAAUAAAACAUCUUUAUCAAUAAGCAGAAUAUAUUUUGGAUAUAAGUGAUUUCACCUUUAAGGAAGCCACAGAAGGGCCUGAUGGUAUCCAAUCCAUCAGACCGCUGAACAAUUGGUAACUGUCUGCUUUUGCAUUCACUUGAAAGGCUUAAUAACACCGAUCUGUAUGUUUGGAUGAUAGCCUAAACCAACUUUUAUGAAUGGAAGGGAGAGAGAGAUGCUUUGUCUGCUGAAGCCACAUCAAGACGGCAGCAGAUAAAAUUUAGUCUAGCCAAAAUUAAUAGGAGCAACCUGUGUGGUAGUCUGACCGACUGGCCUGUAGGCUGUGUAUGAUAUUGUUCCAGUCACUGAGGCCAAUCAGCAAGUAAAGAUUUUCUGCAAAGCACAAGGGUCCACCAGGAUCUUGGGAUUAUCUGUCUGGGCGGCUCCUUGACUGGCCAUGCAUAUCCAGCUGAAUCGGGAAGUAUAAACACACUCCCUGACCAGAUCUGGGCAUCUGUAGCCAGCUUAAAACCCGAUAGGAUUUCUAUAGCAUCUUUGCCCUAUUGUCCAGCAGGUUUUGAGCUACAGCAGUGGGAGCAGAAAGCUACUGCACCCAGAAAAAAAAGCUCUCAUGGGACCUGUAAUCCACUAAAAUAGGUGACAGACGGGGAGAUUAGUCGCCGCACGAUAAAUCUUUGUUGCCGCGGGCAACUAAUCUCCUCACAAUGCCAUCCCACCAGCUAGAAUGUAAAUCGCCGGUGGGAUAGCAUACGUGUUGCUGCGAUUUCCGGAAGUCACCCAAAGUUGCUUCUCAAGCAACUGUCUCUGUCACCUCCUUAAAAGGCUGCCAAUUGGACCUAUCAACAUUUAAUAAUAAAGGGAUAAUAAUAA